UUUAUGCUUGGACGGCGACGGUCACACUAGUUGCAUGUUAUGAAAACAGCGGCCUGCGGCGUGCGUGAAAAAUGUUUCGGAAAGCUUUUAAUAACUUGCCACGCCUUAGUCAGCUUUACACGCUGCCGGCACGCCUACAAAACACACAGAGCGCCCAAGCCCCAAUACCUGCCGAGCCUGAGGACAUUGGCGUUAUUGAACAACGCAUCCUUAAACACCCGGAUUACUUCGAAGUGACUAAUUUGUUUACUGUGCGCGAUUUGUUCAAUGCACGUGUACAUUAUGGCCAUAAGGAGGGCUCACUCGACGAUCGCAUGCGACCAUAUAUAUAUGGCAGUCGAUUAGGUCACUUGAUAUUCGAUCUGGACAAGACGGCUUCCCAUUUACGUGAUGCGCUCAAUUUCGUGGCACACAUUGCUUUCCGGGAUGGUAUUAUCUUAUUCUUCAAUCGCAAUGCACUGAAUGCUCAUUUGGUCGAACAGAAAGCCAUGGAGGCCGGCGAGUUUUCGCACACACGCUUUUGGCGGGGAGGAAUCUUCACCAAUGCCAAUGUUCAGUUUGAUGCAGUUACUCGGCUGCCGGAUCUAUGCAUCUUUCUUAAUACACAAAAUAAUGUAAUGGCACAACAUACUGCUGUACGCGAUUCAGCCAAAAUGGCCAUACCCACCAUUGGCAUCGUGGACAGCAAUUGCAAUCCAAAUCUAAUCACGUAUCCUGUGCCCGGCAACGAUGAUUCACCCGCCGCUGUGGAGCUCUACUGCAAUCUGUUCAAGGAGGCUAUUUGGCGUGGCAAGCGUAAGCGACGUGAACUCCUUGGUCUCCCUCCUCUCGAUGAAACCCAGUUUAAAACCAGCCGCAGUCGCUCGAACAAAGGCAAAUAAGGCUAAGCUAAUAAUAUACAUUUAUAUUUGUUGAAAAUAACCUACAUAAUACACACUGUGUUUAAAAAAAGAUUUGUAUACAA